AUGGCUAAAUCAAGAAAAGAUUUAACAUUUGGCAAUAAAAGUAAACUAAUUAUUGAUUACAAAAAUGGGUUAAAUCAACGACAACUACAGGAAAAAUACAAAAUAAGUAUCGGUGCCGUCAAUAACAUCAUCAAAAAUACUGAUUAUAUUUUAAGUCAAACAAACAAACAUAAGAAACGGAUCAGACGUACGCCAAAUGAUAAAUUAAAUGAAUUGGUGCUAAAGUUUGUACAAUUGUCUAACGCAAAUAAAGUGCCAAUUGAUGGACCAAUUAUUAAAGUGUUUGCAUCAGAUAUAGCAAUAAGACUUAACUUAAAUCAUUUUAAAGCAUCAGAUGGAUGGCUAUCAAAAUUUACAAAAAGACAUGAAAUUAAGUAUCAAUCAUAUAGUGGCGAAUCUGCAGAUAUAAAUGAUAAAACUGUUGAACAAUGGAUAGAAAAUCUAAAAGAUUUACUAAAGGAUUACAAUAUUGAAGACAUUUUCAAUUUCGAUGAAACGGGACUUUUCUAUAAAUUAUUACCAAAAAAGUCGUAUCUUUUAAAAGGAGUUAAUAAAUUUGGUAAAAAAAAAUUCAAGCAAAGAGUGACAUUAGGUUUGUGUUGUUCAUCUGUUGGUGAAAAAUUAAAGCCAGUCAUCAUUGGUACCGCUCGUAAACCUCGAUGUUUUAAUAAUAUGAAAACCAGUAUCAAUUCAUUAGGAAUACAUUAUUAUAAUAAUUCAAGUGCAUGGAUGACACAAACUAUAUUUAUUGAUUGGUUGCAAACAAUUAAUAAACAUUUUAAGCAAAAUAAUCGCAAAAUAUUGUUAUUUGUUGAUAACUGUUCGGCACAUAAAAUACCAGAUGAUUUGAAUUUUUCAAAUAUUAAGAUUCAAUAUUUUCCGGCUAACACUACAUCACGUCUUCAACCACUGGAUCAGGGAAUCAUCAGAUCAUUUAAAGCUAAAUAUCGAAGUUAUUUAAUAAGACAUUUGACUAAUAAUAUGCAUGAUUUAUACCAAUCAACUGUUAAUAACAAUAAUAUUGAAUUUGGUAUUGAAUUGAAAAACAUGAUUAAAAGUAUUGAUUUAAGAUCAUGUAUUGAGUGGACAUUGAUUGCAUGGACUGAUGUAAAAUGUGAUACAAUUAUUAAUUGUUAUAAACAUUCAGGAUUUGAAAUUCAGACCAACAGUGACACUAUUGUCGAAGAAGUGGUCGCCGAUUCAUUUGAAACAUUUCAGUCAUGUAUUGGCGAAAAUCUUAUGACAUUUGAAGAGAUUGAUAAUUUUGAAGACUCUUUACAAUUGCAUAGUAAUGACUUUAAAAACGAUUUGCUUGAAGAAGCUAUUAAUGAUAAUAUCGACAAUAAUGAUACCGAUAUUGAAAUUAUGACAUCAAAUGAGUUGCCAUUAAAUGAUUUUGUUAUCAAUAAUAAUAGUCUUACAGUUAAUGAUGGCUUAGAAAUGGUGACAAAACUUGAGACAUUAAUUAUCUCUGAAUUACCUGAAGUAUUGAUACAUUUAAAUAAAAUUAAACAUUCAUUAAUUGAUUUAAAGCUUAAGAAACAAAGUCUCAAACAAACAUCAAUUACUGAUUACUUUAAGUGA